AUGAUUUUUCGCCUAGUGUAUAGUUUUUUGUUCUUAAAUUCAAUAACGGGAACUUUGGGGUUUGAUGUCACAAGAGAAGCCAGAACUACUGUAGAUCAGAAGGUUUCUUGUGAUAGACUUUGUAACUGUCAAGAUCAGCGGCAUCGAAAGACUAAUCCUGAUCCAUCUUCAUUACUUCAAAAUCAUAGCCAAAUGCUAUCUGAUGGGACACCCCUUCUCAAAAAGAUUAAGAGUCGUUAUGGAUAUCGAACACCUAGCCUACCUAUCUCGAACACAGCACACGGUUAUUCUUCGGCCAGUACAUCCUAUGCGGCGCCUUCAACGAUCGACAUGGUACCACGAUCCAUUAACAUCGUUGAGGAAGGACAGCAAGUAGCGGAGAAAUCGCUAUGUUUUUCCCCUAAAGCGGUGAAGCAUCUAGUUAAGACAGCAAUGGAAUACGUUACACAAAUUACACAACUGCCAGCGGAGUUACGUCACAUUGUCGACUUAAUCGAUCAAGAUUUAGACAGUCUGCCAGAUCACAAGUUGGAAGAACAGCAACACAAACUAUACAAACCACAACAUCCUGAAAGAACUAAUUUUAUAUUGCAAUACGAAGUUCCUAGCGCUCAGGAUCAGGCUCAGUGCAAAGAUGCGCUCGACAGUUUAAUAGAAAUAGCUUAUAAGGCAUAUCUGGAACUAAUGGAGCACCCCCAAUGUAAAGAAUAUUUGUAUAACUUUGCCAGCAACCAACCUGACGACCGACCGACAGGUUAUGCCGAACAGGCACCAGGCUUAAAGACCUUGAUCAUUACAAUUUUAGACCUGCUUGACACAAAGAAACCGAAGACACCACCAGAUGAUCGUUAUGGUGAUAUAAAUCCAGGUGAUCUUCCAACACUUAAAGUUAAAAUUCCAAAACAUUAUGCCAAAGUACCGUUUAACGAAUACCCUACGAAAGAAUACCUUAUUCCUUCGCCAGAAUACCAGUCUCCCAAUGAAUACCGUUAUCCUACGACAGAAUACAUAAUUCCUAAAACAGAGUAUUUCCCUACAAAAGAAUACCAUAUACCUUCACCGGAAAUUCAAAUCACUCAGAAAGAAUAUAUUCUUCCUUCCGAAGAAUACCGUUAUCCUGCCUCAGAGUUCCAGAUCCCCAAGGAAUAUGUUCCUAACGAAGAAUACGUUUAUCCUUAUAUUCCUAUUAAUAAUAAAUAUAUUACUGCCCCGAAUUACCACAAACCUAAGAAAGAAUAUAUAACUACUGAAGAAUUCGGCAUUCCUAAACAAUAUGACAUUCCCAAAGAAUAUGAAAUUCCUACUUCAGACUAUCUUAUUCCUGAAGAUAUCCGUUUACCUGCCCAACCAUACAUACCGAAAGUCCCUAUCCCACAAGAGAUUACGAUCGUGGAUAGCGAAGAGACGGAUCUGCCGAAAAUAUUAAGACCGGUUCUGCCUGACGCACACCAGCCAAUAAUUCCAGAAAAUAUUAUCGAUUACAUAAUAAAACUAUUAGAGAAUGACGACAAUGCGCCUAUUGUGGAGUUGAUUGAUAAUGUGAAGAUUGUCACAGAUUCACACCCUCAAAAUAUCCGUCCGUACAUAAUGAAGUUAUUAAAGUUACUUACGUUUGUUCCAAAAGAACAUAAUGAUAUCCCAAGGAUUAUUGAAAUUUUGACGAAUUUGCUCAAUUCCCAAAAGAAUGAAGAAUGGCCAUUGAGUGAUACACUCACAGAACAAAUUCUGUCUUUCGUAAAACCAGAUGAAUCCGGCACCAUAGAUACCAGAAUAUUAGACAUCAUUUUGAACUUAAUUAAAAUGAAACCACAUGAGACUCAAGUCAAACAUAUACUGCAUCUCUUGCAACCAUACCAAGAUGGUGAAUUGGACCAAAUACUAGCUGAUAUAUUAAUUCGGUUAAUAAAGGCGUACCGAACUCGUUUACUGCGUCCAGAUCAAAUAGAUAUUCUAUUCUUACUUUUGCAAAAGUCUAAAAAUGGAAUCGAUGAGCCCAAAGCAAUUGAUGUUGCUAACAACUUAGACAGGUGGAAUGAAAUAGGAAUUAAUCCAAAACAACUGGAGUUAAUAUUCAAUAACUUAAAGCCAUAUGCAUAUGGUCAAACUGAUUCUAAGCCUCUUGAUAUAAUACAUUUCCUAUUGACUCAAAGUACGAAGUUGAGUCGACCACAGUUAGAUUUUAUAUUAACAUUCUUGAAUCCUAGCAUGAGAGGUGUAGAUAUAAAACGUAUAGACAUUAUACAUUUCUUAUUGGGCAUUCUUCAUAUGUAUCCGGGUCAAGUAACUGGUCUGUUUGAAUUACUCAUGGAAGAUACACCUGGGGUUAUGAAUUCUAGAUUUGUGGACAUCUUGAUCUUCCUGAACAACGAGGGGCUAUUGACGCCAGAACUUAUAGAGAUCAUCACCCAACUGUUGCAAAACGACGUAAUGGGAGAACUGGAAGAAACCCAGAUAAAAUCAUUAUUAGUUCUGCUAAAACCAUACAAACAGUCCAAUCCUAAGAUGGUUGUUGAUAUUUUAACUCUUUUAAAUCAAGGAGGACUGCACAGUAACUUAUUAGAAUGGUUUAAGUCACCUCAACCUGAUGUAGUUGAAGUUCCAAUCUACAAACCUCAAGACAUCGAUAUAGGAGGCAUAAUUGAUCAAGUCAACGGUCCAAAACUUAUAUAUGAUCAACCACGUCCAAACAAUCAAGACAGAAUACCUAGUAUUGCAAUUGAAACUCCGGAUAAUGAUGUUUCAACGAUUAUCGAUUGGUUGCAAAAACAAGGCUUAUUUAAUCCGGAUAGCGGAGCUAAUCCCGAAAUAGUUAAUAAUAUAGUAAAGAUUUUGCAGAUGGGUGAUCGCGAAUUGGGUGUUGUUGAACUAACGUACAUGCUCAAACAUAUGAAGCCACUUAUUUACCAUCCUGUGUAUUACGUUAAAUACAGGCUGCCUAUUAUGAGUUUCAUAACAAACUUUAAAGCUUUGUUAAAAGAGAAUCCACACCUAGCUGCAAACCCAAUGAAGCUGUUACAAGAGUUGAUACUAAUAUCUAACGUAACAGAAGUAUCCCCAAAUCUGCAAGGUUACCCUAAAGACGAAAUUAUGAAACUGACUUUCAACGGCGGAGAUUUAAUUCAGGCAAAGAUUUUGGAUGAACAGAACCAGAACUUGAAUGAUCAGAUCACAUACGUCCAAUCUCUGAACACGGGUAUUACGCCAGAAGAAUUGUUGGAACUGAAUAAGGUGAAUGAAGCGAAAUACUUUCCUAAAGUAGUCCAAUUUCAAGAGACGAGCAUUCCGGAGAAAAUCGUAAUAAACAAGGUUGUUGUUCCCUCUGCCUCUGCGCAUUUCCGGCAUUAUGAAAGUGGGCCUAUAAUAACGCAGGGUGCGAUAAAAACGAUACAUCAUAAGCUUCAACGAUCGAAUGACGACCCGGUCUCUGUCGAAAAUGAGUCGAGUGAAAGUGUAGAUUCUGAAGAUGAAGAAACGACGCCUAAACCAACGCCGUCUCCGACACUCACGACGACUAACUAAAAGAACUUGUUUAAAUUAAUACAAAUAAAUGUAAGAAAA